UGCUGCGAGGGGCGUGCGGACUCCAGCUCUCCCGUGCACCACUCACCCUCGACUCCGACUCAGACCGCGUCCGUGGCAGCGACCCUUCACCCGCCACACGAGCCUCGACCAGAGCCUCGACAGCACCGCGCGCCCCGCCCGACACGCGUCGCCCGUCCCUCGCAGCUGAUCGUGCGGUCAUGGACACGGUGGAAGUGCAGCAGGAGACCAGCGCCGGCGACCAGCGGCUGGCCACGCUCACCUACGAGCAGGUGCGCCGGCUGCACAGCGUGCUCAACGAGGUGCUGCCCAUCCACGGUCGCGGUAACUUCCCCACGCUUGAGGUGAAACUGAAGGACCUGGUGGAGGACGUCAAGUCGCGCCUGGAGGAGGACGGCGUGGCCGUCAGCAGCGUGCGCGUCAACGGCGGCGCCGCCAGCCACAUCCUGGCCACGGACGACUGCCAGGCUUACAACGACAUCGAUCUUAUCUUCCUGGUAGAUCUGCGCACGCAGAAAGACUACGAGAAGGUGAAGACAGCCGUGCUGCAGACGCUGCUGGACUCGCUGCCGGAAGGGGUCAGCAGGAAGCGCAUGAGCUCGUGUAGCAUGCGCGAGGCCUAUGUACACAAGAUGGUAAAGGUGAGCGACAGUGACCGAUGGUCUCUGAUCUCGCUCUCCAACCACGGCGGGCGCAACGUUGAGCUUAAAUUCGUUGACACAAUGAAGCGCAAGUUCGAGUUUUCCGUGGACUCGUUCCAGAUCCUGCUCGACUCGAUCCUGCUGUUUUACAAGUGCGCCGAGCCCCAAAUUGUGACGCAGAACUUCUACCCGACGGUGGUCGGUGUCAGCAUGUAUGGCGACUUCCAGGAGGCGCUGUACCACCUGCAGAAAAAGCUGAUCGCCACAUGGAAGCCGGAGGAAAUCCGUGGAGGCGGCCUUCUCAAGUACUGCAACCUUCUCGUCAAGGAUUUCACACCUUACGAGCCGGCGAAUAUCAAAACCAUGGAGCGAUACAUGUGCUCGCGCUUCUUCAUCGAUUUCCCGGACGUGAUGCAGCAGCGUAACAAGCUGGAGACGUACCUGACCAACCACUUUGUUGGCACCGACGAGCACCUGAAGUACGCCUAUCUGAUGGUGCUGCACAAGGUGGUGGGUGACUCGACCAUCUGCCUCAUGAGCCACGAACGCCGGCAAACGCUGACGCUCAUCCAACAGCUGGCCUGCCACGUUUUCAUCCAGCAGCAGCAGGCGCUGUUGCAGAAGCAGUAUGAGGCGCAGUCGCCGGGCGGCGGCGGUGCCGUCAUCCUGACACCGUGCUUCACCAGCCAGCCGGUGCCCUGCACGUGCAACUGGAUGCAGUGCUCCUAGCUCGCCCUUUCGGCCGUGCAAUCAUCGUGAUAUUCUUGUUGCAAGUGAUUUUCAGCGUUGUGAAUGCCCACACGGGGCUGUCGUCUCUAAAACGUAAACCGAAGUCUGCCGGGCCGGUGCGCGGCGUGCGGGCCGCCGCGCACGCCGCGCGGCACGUCUCGUCUGAACUGUUUCUGUGACAACAUGAGUCGUGGGUCUCAUCAACGCGAAGCUGUCCGGAUCGGCGCGGCACGGACGCCGCCUCAGGCACUGGCGGCGCGGUAAACGGGCAUUGGUCGGCGCCGACGUCGCACGACUGGAGGGUGGUCGCCGAGCAUCGGAGGGCGCUUGGGCUGGAGCUGCAGAAUACUGGCGUCUCGCGGCACGCUGGCAGAGGCCAGAGGUUCGCGGCGGGUCGGCCAUCAGGGCCCGGUCACGUGACC